AUGAUCAAAGCGACAAAGUACUUGUCCAAGUCAAAUAUUGGUCGCCGCCUCAAUGUGCCCACUACCCGUCGACAAAUGUACUCCACCACCGCGCCACGCGUAGCAGUCCUAUACCAAGAACUCUCACCACCAUUAAUCAACGGGGUGCGCAAACCCAAGAAGCCCGGAGGAUACAUCGACUCCAGUGCAGACAUCGCCUACUCACUAACCCACCAACACCACAGCCUAAUCUCCUUCGUCACACCCGUCUCAACUCCAGAUCCGCAAAAAGAUGCAGACUGGUGCUUUGGCGAUUCCGAGGCCGGAGUUACGCGUGCGCUGGAGAAGGGGGUGACGCACUUUUCGGCUAACACUAUACUCUUCGCGGAGCAUCCGCUUCAGACGGCAGAGAGUCUGACGAGUGUGGAUGAGACGUUGAGGGUUGUAGGACAGCCCCCAAAGCUGGUCGAGCUGUGCGAUGACAAGGCAUUCGUCAACAAUCUCCUCCGUACUCGUGGUGGGUUUACGCUGCCGGAUGCACACGACGUUCACGACCACGAAAGUCUUGCGGCAGUGCUCCAGGCGGAUCUUCGCUAUCCUGUUGUCGCCAAGCCGGUUAGAGGACGAGGAAGCCACGGAGUGAGAGUAUGUCGCUCCGAAGACGAACUGAUCGACCAUUGCGGCGAUUUACUGGGAGAGGAUGCGUAUGUGAUCGUCGAAGACUUUCUUGCGGGUCAGGAAGUCACUGUUACUGUUAUGCCGCCUUCGCCUGCGACGGGACGGGAGGGGUAUUGGGCGAUGCCGGUUGUGGAACGGUUUAAUCACGCUGAAGGUGUGGCACCGUACAAUGGCACAGUCGCUGUGCUUCAGAACUCUCGGUGUCUUUCCGAAGACGAACACAUGGCCGAUCCACAGUAUGGUGAGAACAUGACCGGUCCUGGUAGGCCUGGUAGAGAGAAUCAAGCUAGCCUGACGGCACUGGCUGCUGCUGGCUUGGGAUGGGACUAUCCGACUCUGCUGUUGAAGAUUCUUGAGUCGAGCGGUUCGCUGCAUGACUUGAGAAACUCCAGAUCGUCGCGUAUUAUUGGUUAG